CUUAAAAGUCCUCCAAUUGAAUGACAAUAAACACGCGCAAAGAGUCCGCACACUUAAACUAUAUCUUCACAUUAGGUUACGGACGUGCUCAUUAAAGCGUCAAAUAGAAAAUACCGGAGUACAUAAUGAAACCCAGCGCAACCAUGCUGGAGGCCAAAUAUGAGACCCCGGCGAACCAGACAACACAGGCCAAGUAUACAAUGAUAGAUCCCAGAUUUCGCAUACGUCCCAUUCAGCAGGUUGUGUCCGCCUGCACGGGUGCCAUGAUAACAGCCUGCUUUAUGACGCCCUUGGACGUAGUCAAGACCCGUUUGCAGGCACAACAAUCGGCACUGCUGUCCAAUAAAUGUUUCCUAUAUUGCAAUGGCCUCAUGGAUCACAUAUGUCCUUGCGGUCCGAAUACGCCACCGCCUACAUCUAGUCAUGCAUUUACUAAGCUCUCGCCUGCUUCUGCCUCCUCCUCUCACUUUACGGGCACCAUUGAUGCAUUCAUUAAAAUUAGCCGCACUGAAGGCAUUGGCUCACUCUGGUCUGGUUUGAGUCCAACGCUCAUCUCCGCUUUGCCCUCGACCAUUAUAUACUUUGUGGCCUACGAACAGUUCAAAGCACGUUUCACCGAUCUGCACUACAAGUACCUGGCGCCAGUACAGAGUUCACCUUAUAGCCGGGACAUUCCAAUGCUGGUGCCAUUACUGGCGGGCGUUACGGCCCGCAUACUGGCUGUGACCUUUGUUAGCCCCAUUGAGAUGAUACGCACCAAAAUGCAGUCGCAAAAGAUGACUAACGCCGAAAUGAUCGGCUCCAUACGACAGGUGAUGCAGUCGCAGGGUAUUUUAGGCUUGUGGCGUGGCCUGCCGCCGACCAUACUGCGUGAUGUGCCCUUCUCUGGUAUUUAUUGGACCUGUUACGAAUACCUUAAGAGCAGUUUUAAUGUCGUCGAACCCACGUUUGGCUUUAGUUUUGUCGCGGGUGCCAUUUCAGGCUCUGUGGCUGCAUCGAUAACCACGCCAUUUGAUGUAAUUAAGACGCAUGAGCAAAUCGAGUUCGGUGAGAAAUUCAUAUUUACAGAUAAUCCGCCCAAGAGUACGCCGACCAAGUCAGUUUUGGAACGUAUGGCAACCAUUUAUCGCUUGAAUGGGCUGCGGGGCGUAUUUUCAGGACUCGGACCGCGUUUGUUUAAGGUGGCGCCAGCCUGUGCGAUAAUGAUAUCAACAUUCGAGCACAGCAAGGCGUUCUUCUAUCACUACAAUGUUGACCAGCAUAAUCAGGAGCUGUUGGCCAUGAAUAGUGCGACAAAGGCGAAUGCGACCCCAACCUAUGACACGAAGGCAAAGGACUAGAUGGACUGGUAGUGGCUCGACUUGCUUUCCGUGUGCCUGUAAAUAUGUAAAUUAUUACCAAAGUUAAAAAAAAAAAAAACAAAAAACAAACCAAAA